AUGAGCACCAGGACCACUUAUUGGCGAUCUUUGGCGAAUUGUGCUGCGACUUGUGACUCCCUGGACGGCUGUGUGCGGGCUGUGCAGAGCGCCAUCGACGAUGUUGCAGAUCACCUCGAAUCCUCCUCACGUCGUUCCGCCUGCCCCCACAGACUUGAUCAGGAAAAGUUUGUAGAAGUUGUUCGGGAGAGGAAGGGCCGACCGCCUCGAGAUCCUUGUCUUCCAUCGGCGCUUGCACUGCACUCUAAAAGGAAGGGUACCCAUAACAAGCGCACGCUGCUGAAGAUGAUCGAUCCACCACUUUGGGGAUCGGUCCCGCCAGUCGAACUCAGCAUCGGAGGUGUGGUGUCUGCUGAUCGGUACGCAUGGGCGGCUGAGCUUCGGCGCGUUGCGGAGGCGAAGUUUUCGUCCAGCGCGGACGAUCAAAGCCGGCUUCAGCAUAAGGUGGAACAUAGACGAGGUGUGGCGACCAGCGAGAAACAUGAUCGUCUUAGCAGGCCUCCUAGCCUAGAUGAUUUCGUCAAGAUGUUGACUUCAUUAUCGACCAAUUCCAGCCCAGGCCCAGACGGCAUACUACCCAAAGCUUGGAAGCUUGCGCCUGUGUGGCUUAAGCUCAGGAUAUUCCAUAUUUUUCGCCGACGUUGGUUUGAUGUCACUUGGCAUGAACAGGCUCCUGAUACUUGGGGUGAACAUGUGGUCAGAGGGAUCAUGGAGAACCGGUCUGCGGUCACAUUGGACGAUUUCAGAUGGAUUGGACUCAUGGACCACCUUUUCAAGCUCUAUGACGCGUGGUCUUUGGCAUCUGUUCCAACAACCAUGCCUCGACGGUUGAAGUCUUUCGCCUUCGGCUACCAGCGGAACCAAUCAGUAGAGGACAUGCUUGCUUUAUUGUUCGAGCUCGUAUGCUACGCCUUGCGCAGGAAAGGCGCCGAUCUAGCGAUAUAUUGUAUGGACGUGUUGACGGCGUACGAUUCUGUCCGUUUCUUGGAUGUGGUGGACGUUUAUCUUUCCAAGGGGGCCACUUAUUCGCAGGUCUUGAACAUGAUUCGGAACAUGCUUGGUUCUCAGGUCACGCUCGAUAUCCCUGGAGUAGCGCAGCACGGCCCUAUCAAUCAAACUCGGGCUCUCCGGACGGGUGGCAAGACUGACCCGGAGAAGUUUGUCAUGAUGAUGGACGAAGCUAUGUCGAAGUGCGCUUUGGAGUGGGACACCAUGGCCUACGGGUUCAGGCUGCUAGACUCCGGCCGGCAAUUGAUUGAGGCGAGUUGGGUGGAUAACGUUUUCUUGCUGGCUCGCUCCUGGGCCGAGGCGGACUUCAUGACACCAAUGCUUACGGACGUGCUGGCCAACCACUUCGGGUGGAAGUGGAAGCCCAAAUCUUUGGAAAUACUGGCGGUAGGGCUCACCCCGCUCCGUGCUUCCCGGGUCGUUCGUUCUUCCACGGCUGCCUUGACCUUCGCAGUGAAAGACCGGAUCGAAGUCCUCGGAGGCGUUUUUGCCAACGACCGCCCCCAGCAGGCUCUUCUGGAAUACCGUUUGGUCAAAGCCGACAAAAGUUUUUACGGGCAUUUGAAGCAUUUUCGAGGGAAUGCGCCAGUAUCUAUAAAGUUGCAAGUUUUUUCGUCGGUGCCUCGCUCAAUUGCUUCCUUCCUCCUCCGUUUCAUGCCUUGCAAGGCUUGCACUUUGAAGGAUAUCUGCACAUGGGAGCGGAAACAAUUCCGAACACUUUUUUUGCAUGCGGCCGAACCAGAGCCAAACCAGAAAAGAGUUUCUGAGCGCGACAGCUUUGAAGAUAUGUGA